AUCUGUGGCUUAUCGUGACCAGUUUGCCCAAUACCGAUUUCCCCUCAGUUUAUCCAAGCCUAGGCCUUUUACAACCUUUGCAACGGGAGAAGGGGUCCAGCCUCCAGAUCAGUCUCUCUCUUUCUCUCGCGCGCGCUCUCUGUCGCGUGGCAUCGCAGCUGAAAGCUCGACUUCUAUCUCAGUUGGCGCAAGAAUCCGGUCCCAGGUGGGAUCCUUCUCUGCUCAUUCUCCGCCACUCGCCAUGUUCAAGAAGCCAAUUGAGGCAAAAGCGCUGCAGCGUUUGUCCGGUGCUGAUAGGAAGAAGCUAAGAAGAAAUACCAAGGAACGAUUUCCUCUGGCUUCCGAUGCUGACAUUGAUGCUCUUCUUCCUCUUAAGGCAGAGAUAACAGUGGCGAAGCUUCCAAACCGUGUACAUAUAUAUGGAGUUGAGGGAGGACUUCCAGUGCUUUUUGAUGUGGAUGGCAGAGACAAUGACAUAUUUCCAACAGUAUAUGCACUCUGGAUUGUCCCCGAACUACUACCUGCUUUUGUGCUCAAAGGUGGUGAAGUUUCUCGUUUUGUUAUUGGAGGCGCUGAUUUGAUGUUUCCUGGUAUUAGCAUACCUUCAGAGGGCUUUCCAUCUUUCCUAGCAGGUCAACCUUGGGCGGUGAAAGUCCCUGGCAAUGCAGCGCCUAUUGCCGUCGGGACUACCAUGAUGAGCAGUGCGGACGCCCUAAAAGCUGGUUUGCGUGGCAAAGCUUUGCGUGUCUUGCAUUAUUAUCGUGACUUUCUGUGGGAAUUGGCUGAAGGUCGCUAUAUUCCAAAUGGGGGAUUCCUGGAGGAUAUUGUCAUAGAAGAUCCUGCUUUAUGUACAACUUCUCACACAUCUGAUGCUUCUGGAGAUACUUUAAAUGAUGCACUUGAUACUGUCAUUGACAAAAAUGAGCAGCUGCUUGAUAUUCCAGUUGUCCAUGCUGAAGAAGACGCUGAUUCUCUGCAUGGUGAUUCUAAGAAUGAUGACUUGGGGGAAAUGGCUGCUGAUAUGGCGAGGUUAAAUGUGUCAGUGAGUGUCUCAGCUGAAGAACAAAAUGAAGUAAGGGGUCAUGUGGGACAAUCAAAUGAAAUAGAUGCUCUAUUGGAUAAAUGCCUCUUGCAAGCAUUGCAUACGACUGUCAAAGAUAAAGACCUUCCAUUGUCUGGAAGUAUACUUUGGUCAAACCACGUAUUGGCUUGCAGACCAGCUGGCAUCACAUUGGACAUUAAAAGAUCUUCUCAUAAGAAACUUUCAAAAUGGUUGCAAUCAAAGUGUUCGGCUGGGUUGGUAUCGGCAAAGGAAGACAAGCACAAGAAGGAAAUUAUAUUACUUUCUGUGAACCGUGCACAUCCAGACUAUAUAUCUUUCAAGCCAGAGAAACGUGUUACGGAAUUUGUAGAUCAGAAACCUGAUACUUCUGCAGCUGAUGCUCACCAGACUAGAUCGCAGCUUGAGGUUGUUGAGAUUUACAAAUCAAACGCUCAUGUCAAUCUCAUAUUCACAUCUGUUGGUUCUGAUACUGGAAAAUAUUACACUGCUCCAGAAGCAACUGAUGUUGUCUUCAGAUACAUAGAGAAAGAAAAUUUGACCAAUCCAAUGAACAAAGCGGUGGUGGUUUUAGAUGCUACACUUUGUGACGCCCUUUUCAAAGGGACCAUUAAAAAGGGCGUAAUGUACCCUACCGAAAUUCAGAAGAAGGAUCUUGGAGCAACAUUUCUAAAUCGGAUGCAAGCUUUCCACAGGGUGUCAAGGGAUAGUGAAGUUGCUGUACGUAAAGGUUCUAUUAGACCAAUACAAAUUAUGACCGAACGUCGGCAAGGGAACAAGAAGGUGACAAGAGUCUCAGGAGUCGAGUAUUUCUUAAUGGACGCCGAAUCAUUAGCUUCUGAACUUCAAAAGAAAUUUGCAUGCAGUACAUCAGUAUCUGAGCUUCCAGGUAAAAAGGGACAAUAUGAAGUGGUAAUCCAGGGUGGAGUGAUCGAUGAUCUUGCUAAGCACCUUGUUGACUAUUAUGGCGUCCCCAAAAGAUACAUUGAAGUGCUUGAUAAAACCAGAAAAUAAGAGGUAAAGUCUUUUAUGUCAAACUCCAUACAUAACUAAAUAUACAACCCAUAGACAUCAUCUUUCAUAGUCAAAACCUGCUUAUAUAAGGCUAUUCUAUAUAGCUGGAGGGUGGUUCAACAUGUAUGAGAUUAUGAACUUUGCUAUUCCAAUAAAACUCAUAUGUCUACUCUGCUCUCCUUAGGGCUGUGAAUUUAGCUCAUAAAUGCGACUAUAUAUAUAUAUAUACACACACACUAUUUUA